AAUUCGCUGGCGACGUGAGAGGUUAUUCACAGCUGCUGGCAGACGACCGCCCGGUGGCUAUGGUUAACGCUUUUAUUUUGUUCUUUUUGUGCUUGUGGCGUCUGAUUGAUGCGACGGAUGAAAUGAAGACAGUGUCAGUGAUGGAGGGGGAAUCUUUUACUCUACACACUGAUGUUUCUGAAGUACAGAAAUAUUUCUUAAUUCAGUGGAUGUUUGGAAGCACUCGAAUAGCUGAAGUCAACAGGCUCACGCAAACCAGCUCCACAUAUGGUGGUCCUGAUGAAAGAUUUAGAGACCGGCUACAUGUGGAUCAGACUGGAUCUGUGACCAUCAUGAACACCAGGAGCACAGACUCUGGAGUUUACAAAGUUACAGUCAUCAGCAGUGAGACCAGCUACAUGACUUUCAAUGUUACGGUUCAUGAGACUCCACACAGUUCUUCAUCACCAGAAAGUUCUUUGAGCUCCAAUUUUGUGUCAUCUAGUUGUGUGGUAAAUAAUUCAACCAUCAACCAGACUAAGAAUCUUAACGUUACUGAACUCCAUCAACCAUGCUCAGACCACUUCCACUGCUGUGGUUUUACUGAAACUGUGAUCCGAUUGGUCGCCUUUGCUCUUGUGAGUGUGGCUGCUGUUGCAUUUCUGGUUAAUGACAUUAGAUCUACAAGAAGUGGGCUAAACCGGACGGAAGAGACUAGACAUGAACAUCAGACCCAUGGAGUAAAAUCAGACCAACAGUAUGAACUGAGCAGAAGGAUGAGUUCCAGAUAUGUUUGCUGAAGGUUGCUGGUAUAAUCCCCAAAAGAUAUAUUUUUUCAUUCAUUGCUCUAUAAAUUGAAAUCGAUCACACAGAAGCAAUU